CACCACCCCCUUCUGGCUAAUAUGUUACUGUCACAACAAUCACUUCAGUUCCGUUUUCAAAUACAGAAGUUGGGCAGAGCGUGAAGGAGUCUUUGGUUUCGCAUGUUCAGAUGUCACCAUCACAAGGACUGUUAGUGUUCAGUAUUCACCAUGAAGCUAGAGAUUUGUCUGUUGCUCGGCGUGACAGCUUUCUGCGUAUCGACAGCUGAUUUCUCUCCUCCAGUGGUAAAUAUCAGUCUGGACGUGCCUGCAGAUCAGCGAUGGACUCCUCUGAAGAACCUCUAUGACAUCGAUUUCUUGAGAAAAGCUGCAUCUGAAGUGAUCGACUCAACUGUUCCCAAAUGGGUUCAUGAUGCAGUUAAACCGAUAGUGAACGCUCUGGAGAAAUACAUCCCACAGCCGUAUGCUGGAGAAAUACAGGGCAUGGCAUCCUUCUAUGGCACUGACAUUGCAGAUAUUGUGCUGUUGAACUUUGCCUAUGAAGUAUCUGCCUUUUGCACCAGUAUUGUAACUCAGGAUACAAAGGGCAAUAUAUACCAUGGCAGAAACCUGGAUUAUCCCCACGAUGUGCUCAGAAAUCUUACUCUAGAUGUACUUUUUAUUAAAAAUGGAAAGGUGGCAUACAGAGGAACUACUUUUGCUGGUUAUGUUGGGCUGUGGACAGGACAGAGCCCCAACAAGUUUACAGUGUCUGGCAACGAACGCAAUAAGGGACAUUGGUGGGAGAAUGUAAUUUCAGCAGUUUUAUUAAAAAGUUCUCCAGUUAGCUGGCUAGUGCGAGAGACUCUUGAAGCAGCUGUGGAUUUCCAGGAUGCAGUAUUGAGACUGGCCAAGGUGCCGAUCAUUACAGAUGUUUAUUACAUUUUGGGUGGUGUUCAUGCUGGUGAGGGUGUGGUCAUAACCAGAGACCGAAGUGGAUCAGCUGACAUCUGGCCUCUUGAUCCACUUAAUGGAUACUGGUAUAGAGUUGAAACCAAUUAUGACCACUGGCUACCCGCCCCUAAACGAGACGAACGAAGAUAUGUGGCCAUGAAAGCACUGAAUGCCACUGGUCAAAACCAUAUUAGUAUGGAUUCUCUGUAUCAGGUUUUAUCCAUGAAUCCAGUAUGUAAUAGGAUCACGGUUUAUACAGCCGUCAUGAGUGCCGCCACUCCUGAGAAGUACACAACAGUUGUCAGAGAUAUCUGUAUGUGAUGGAAUGACUCGUUCCCUUGACCAGCUCAGCCAUAAUUUUCACACAGCUUAGUUCUGAACUACCCAACAACUUCUGCUUCUCUUCUGCUUUUCACAAUGGAAAUGAGUCGUAUUUUAAUAUCUAAAAAGUAGGGCUGCAAGAUAUUGUGAUAAAGCCUAUAUCCUGUUUCAAUAGGGAAAGUACUUGAUUUUUUAAUUGAUGACUUUUAUAGCUAUAUUUGGAAAGAAUCAUUAAAAAAAAAAUUACCAAUAUCAGCACAACUGCAAAUGUAUAACUGAUUUUAAUAACUUUAAUAAAUAAGAAGUUAAUAUUAAGUGACUUAAUAUUACCAGAAAUAAUAUUGGCUGUUUUUGCUCUAUUUUGUCAACACAAAUGUAUACUUAUGUAAUAUAUUAA